AUGUCCCUGCCCAUGACCUCUGUGACCCUAGCCAUCAGUGCCAGUGGAGCCGACACAGACUCCGCCGACGUUCGCCUUCUCCUGGUAGGACCUAAACGCACAGGCAAGAGCUCCUGUGGCAACACCAUACUUGGACGUAAAGCCUUCGACACCAGAGGGGGCGGGACUAGCACUGCGGCCAGUGGAACCGCAGCCGGUCGUGGCGUCACCGUGAUUGAUGCCCGGGGCUGGGGCUUCUCAGAAGACUCCGUCCGCAGGGAGGAGAAGAUAGAGCUGCUAAGAGCCCUGUCGUUGUGUGGCCCCGGUCCCCACGUUGUCCUCCUAGUGAUUCCCCUACUGGACUUCACCGAGAUGGAGAGGCAAGCGGCGGAGAGGCACAUGGAGGUCAUGACCUCUAGUGUGUGGAGGCACACCAUGGUGCUCUUCACUUUUGGCGACCGACUGAAGGGGAGGGGGCAAAGCCUGGAGCAGCAUAUCCAAUCUGGGGGCCUAGCACUGCAGUGGCUGAUGGAAAAGUGCAGGUACAGGUGCCACGUGUUGGAUAACAAGGAGGGACAGGAGGGAAGGGGGCAGGUGGAGGCAUUAUUGAGCAGGGUGAAGGACAUGUUGCAGGAGAACGGGGGAUGGCACUUCUCCCUUCACAUGUAUCACAGGCUGGAGGAAGAGUGGAGCUGGAGAGAGCAGGAGCUGAGGGAGAGGAUGGAGAGAGAUGAAGAUUGA